ACAAGUAGUUGCUAUGCAACCAGAAGUAGUUGCUAUGCAACCAGAGCCGCGUCGUCUCCCUGUGACAAUGGCUGAGAGAAGUUGUGAUAAAAAGCUCCGUCCGGCUCAGCGCGUCGUCUCACAGCCCAAGAAACGUCCGUCUUCUAGCAGUAAGGCUGAGAAGUCCAAGAGGGUUGAAGUAAGACCGCAGGCAAAAUCUGCCUCUGGUCCAGCAAAGAAGCACACUGAUGACCUUUUUGCUAAGGAAGAACAAUACAAACUCUUAAAUGCAGAGCUGGAAGCCAAAACAGCAGAUAUAGUAAGACAGGCAGAACAACUUAUGAGAGAACAGAGUGAAGUUCUGUCCAAACCCUUAUCAACACUCCUGCUCACAGACAUUGAGGAUGAAGACGAGUCAAGGAUAAUAAAGCCUCAACAGUGCACUGUGCAGGAGCCCGGUGUCGGUGUGAAGAUGGUGAGCACAUUAAGAGUCACAUCAACAUCACACAACAUGAGCACUGUAAAACAAAGGAAAGAGCCUCACAGAAAAACAGCAACCCCAAAGUUGUCUCAUGUGGAUGAAUUAGCCGCUGUAGGAGACUCAGCUGAUGGUUUCCUGGCAAAGACGAUACGUAGCAUGGAGGAGAAGAUGAACGACACCGUGAUUCAAGAAAAUGUUGUGGAGGAUGUGGCUGACGCUGAUGACAAUGUAGGAUCAGCUGUUUCAGAUGCUCAAAUACGAGUUCUGAAGGCAAAACUACGGAUCAUGCAAGAGGAGCUGGAUCAACUCUCAUGUGAAUACUAUAAGAAGGACGAUGAAAACGCUAAACUUGGUGCAAAAAUUAAGGAGCUGGAGGAUGAUCGAGCCAGACUGCAGAAAACAACAAACAUCCAGCAGACGCAGAUCGAGAAGCACAGAGCGUUAGCAGGGGAGUCUGACAAGAAAUGUGAUGGUCUUCAACUGCAAGUGUCUGCUUUACACAAGGAAAUAGAAAAUUUGAAUAGAUCCCACAAACAAGCAGCGGCCGUCCACGGCACCGUGGAGGUUCGUCUGAACAGAGCGUUGGAGGAGGUCGAGAGGUCAAAGACUCAACUCAACAAGAUGAAACAGAUGAACAAGGACAAGAUAAGCGAGGAACAUCAGAGUAAAGAAAAUCUACUCGCUGAAAACAAAAUGCUAAAAAAGCAGAAAGCAGAGCUCAUCGUAGGAUUCAAGAAACAGCUCAAGCUGAUUGACAUUCUCAAAAGACAAAAGAUGCAUUUUGAAGCUGCCAAGCUGCUGUCGUUCACAGAAGAGGAGUUCAUGAAAGCUCUGGACUGGGGGAAGUCGUAAACACUGAGAGGUUCAGAUAUAUAGAAGACUUUGAGUUCAGAGUGAAUUCAGAUGUAGGGAUUAUUUCCUAAUUAUUGUCACAUUUAGGCACCAGACAAUAUAUUAAGAUACUGUCAGCAGCACAGUCCUAAUAAAAACAUGUCACUAAA